AUGUCUGAACCAACUUCCAUCUCCGGGCCCACACAUAUACACACAGUAUGGCGCAAAAGGGAAAAGGAAUUGAGCACAGCACAGAGACUCAUCGGCAUGGUCACACCCUCCCCAGAGAAGCAACUUCAGGAGUUUAUUAUAAAGCACGAGAUACACUGGAACAGCCGAUGGGAUAAAGAUAAAAAGCUUCGAUUGACGGUACCAUUAGGCGGCAAGAGUCCAGAGGAGACACUCGCAAAUCUUGGCUAUCAGAUGCAACGUGAGGGAUUGAAUAAGUACUGGGAGUAUGUCACGCAGGCUCUUACCGACGAUCCGAAUAAGGUCGACCCAAGGGUGUACAAGAAUGAUCAGGGUUUGCAAAAGGAAGCGCUCACAAAUAAGUCGUGA